ACCUGAAAUCAGAGAGGGACCGACCGGCCGACCGACAGAAGGACGGACGGACGGACGGAUCAACAAAACCAACGGACGAGCGAGCAACCAUCGUGGUUGACGAGUGGACGUGUCGAAGAACGAGGGCGUAAGCAACGUCGUUGGCGCCGACGGAGAAAAUCCCAAGAUUUUUUUUAUCAGUUGGUGUUAUGAAAAUCUCCUAGAAAUAUCCUCCGAUCGAGUGAGAGAGGAUCGUUGAAAUAUGUGCAUGGUGCCGAGAGGAUUGACUCAAUUUUUACAUUGCCACUCAUUGAAAUCUCCAGCAUUGUUCUAAGACUGCGCUCCUCCUCCUCCUCCUCCUCUUCCUUUUCAUCCUCGACUUAUUCCUCUUCAUAUUGCUCCAGGCGAAAACGAAACCAAGAGCGAAUUGUGAAUAGGGCAGUAGGUAAAUAGGUCAGUCUUCCAGCCACAGAGCGAACAAGUUGGAGGCUCCAUAAUGCGGCUUUUGGCAUCAACCCCGUCAAGGGCUCUUGUAACUCUAUUAGUGAUUGUCGCCACGGUUGCCCAUCCUAUUUGGGCUCAAGAAAAUGUUCCAACAGAACCUAUUGAAGAAAACACAGAACAGCAAGUGCCCGAACAGCCACAGACUCUGAAUGUAAAAGUGCCAAACUCGUCAGAGGGAGAGCCCAGAAGACCUCUCCCCGCGGGUCAGAAUCCAAAUCCUGCCAGACAAAGGCCACAGCCUGGACUGGGCGGCCUUUUAUCAGGCCUACUAGGAACCAUCACACAAACCGCCGAUGUGGAUAGCUGUCCCGGAAAAUGCAUCCAUGCCUUGGCCAGUUUGAUAUGUGACAACGUAUUGGAACGCGUCGAGUGUCCCAGUCGGUCCAUGCGAUGCUGUGUCGAGAGGAACAAUGUCAAGCCAGGCCUCACUGCGAGUCCCAACAAUGACCAGGAUGGCACCCCGUCUAAAGCCACAACCACAACGGAGAAACCGACCCCCGCCACCACCAAAGCGACGACGAAGAAAAAGGUUGCUGUUACUACCCCAGCUUCAACCACCACCACCACCACUACCACAGCUACCACCACAACCCGCAGGAGCUCGGACUCGAAUGUGGACAAGUUUGACGAUGAUGACACGGACGUCCAGUUGGUGGACGGCAACGAGCAAUUACUUGAUUCCUCUUCUCCCACCUCUGAUGCACUCAAAUCUUGCCCCGGAGUGUGCGUAGCGGAGCGGCUCUCAGGGUUUUGUGAGGCCAUUCUCAAUAUCAACGGACUUUGUAAGACUGACUUGAGGUGUUGUGUGGCCAAGCAAUAUUUCGGCGGGGACCCGCCCAAAGAACUUGUCUAUCCCAAAGAUGGCCAGCCACCCCCGAAGCCCUCGCCUGGCUCCAAUGUAGCCAAGGGCACCACUCCCAGAGCCGUGAAUACCACUCCCAGAUCGUCAGUUUCACCACCCAGGAGUUCAACCGCUAACUCAUGCCGAGGCACUUGUGUUUCGGGGUUCUUUGCUUUGCUUUGUGACGAAAUCGAUCGGAGCAUCAAAUGCCCGGGUGAUGGACGAUGUUGUAUGACUAAGAAGCUCGACCCCAAUGGUGGCCCACCCAAACGCAAACAAGCCCCGUCGGUCAAGAACUGUCCGGGAGUGUGCAUCCCACAGAUGAUGUCGGCGGUCUGCACCAUCAUUCCCAACACUAAUAGCUGUCAAAAGGGAACCGUGUGUUGCCAGUCUAAGGACAAAGUGGGCGGUGGAAACUCGAAUGCCAUCCAAAAGCAAGGCUCUCCAAAUUCUAAGCCUCCUUCAAGACCCUCGAGACCUCCCCCUCAGGGCCCUGACAUGACACAGAUCUUUGGCACGCUCCUCAAUGCCGCCACUGGGAAUUCUGAUGCGGGAUCAACGGCUGCCGCACUCUUGCCUGUUUUGGGAUCCAUUUUGGGUGGAGGAGGCGGUGGUCGACCUCCACCCCCCCAGAGGCAGCCCAGUGGUCCAGGGGGAUCCGGGUCUGGCGGUGGUGGAGCGGACGUGGCCUCUUUGGCCUCUUCUCUACUCCCUGUCCUUGGUCCAGCUUUGGGCUUGGGUUCGUUGGGCUCCAUUUUUGGCGGUGGUGGUCCUCCUCCACCUCAACGAAAACCACCUCCAUUCAGACAGCCAUUGCCCGCUCCCACCAGACGUCCUCCUCCACCUCCGCCCACGACCCCAGAACCCAAAGACAUUAGGCCUGAAUGCCCCGGAACGUGCAUCAAAUCAUACCUUUCCUUCACCUGCUUUGGAAACGCUGCCUUAACUGAUAUCUUCCAAUGUGAAGAUGACAAGCAAUGCUGCUCGACGAAAUCCGACAUUAAGGACCGUGAAGAGGAGAUGAAGAAAAUCGAGCAACGAAAUGUUCUUUACUCGAUAGAUCGGAAUGAUACCUUUGCGAACUCGUUGGAGGGAAACUACUUCCAAAAGAACCACCACCAUCAGCAACAACAGCACCAGCAGCAGCAUCAGCAGCAUCACCACCACAAAUUCGAGAAUGCCGACCAACAACAGGAAUUUCACCACACGGACUACCACAAUCAGCUCGCUUCACCCACGCAAACUGACCUAAAACCAGCCUUCGACAAUCCUGUUACUAAUAAGUACGUUUGUGGAGUUCGUGGGACCUACAGGAGUGGGCGGGUCGUGGGCGGCCAUGACUCAGCUCCCGGGGAUUGGUGUUGGCAAGUGGCUCUAAUCAAUUCCUUGAACCAAUACCUUUGUGGUGGCGCCCUCAUCGGAACGCAAUGGGUACUCACGGCUGCCCAUUGUGUCACGAAUAUUGUUCGAGCUGGAGAUGCCAUUUACGUGCGUGUCGGCGACCAUGACCUGACUCAAAAGUUUGGAAGUCCUGGAGCUCAAACACUUCGCGUGGCCACCACUUACAUUCAUCACAACCACAACUCGCAGACUUUGGACAAUGAUAUUGCCUUAUUGAAGUUACAUGGCGAGGCCACACUGAAGGAAGGUGUCUGUCUGGCCUGUUUGCCCGCUCGAGGAACGAGCCAAUCUGCCGGAAAAAGAUGUGUUGUAACCGGCUAUGGAUACAUGGGAGAAAGCGGUCCGAUUCCCCUUCGAGUUCGCGAAGCUGUGGUUCCUGUGGUGAACGACAACGAAUGCGUCCGCAAAAUCAACGCGGUCACCGAAAAAAUCUUCAUCCUACCUGCUAGUAGCUUUUGUGCAGGCGGGGAAGAGGGUCACGAUGCAUGCCAGGGCGACGGUGGCGGUCCUCUAGUUUGUGAAGAUCAAGGGUACUUUGAGCUAACGGGAUUGGUCUCAUGGGGCUUUGGAUGUGGGAGGCAGGACGUGCCCGGAGUGUACGUCAAGAUAUCGUCGUUCAUCGGGUGGAUCAAUCAAAUCAUUAGUGUGAACAAUCUCUAACAGAAGCAGAGCACCCCUACAACUGACUCCCGACCGCCAGCCAAGCACAACAACAAGCACAACCAACACUGACUGUGAUUCCAAACUGAUUUUCAAAGGCAGCUUUCGAGGCCGUUCAAGGGUUCUUUCUCACCAGAAGGAGAGCUCGGCAUUGUUCAAGAACAAAAUUUCAUGUAUCGUUGAGGGAGGAGCUGCCUUGCUUGCGAGCAGCGAGUAGAAGCGGUCUUAUUAUUUGGGUAUGUUCCGAAUUACCGGGACGAGUUGGCACAAAGAACCAGCAUAUUAUGAUCAUUCUUAUAAUUAUUAUUACUAUUAUCAUUAUGAACAUGAGUGACGUAGUGAAGGUUUGUUUGAUCACUUGUUCUCACCUGGAAUGAGUGUGCUGCCAAAUGGCGCAUGGUUGUAGUACUGAAUAUUUUGGAGGGCGUGUGAUUGAGUGAUUCCGGUCGAGCGAAUGAGGUGAUCAAUGAAUGAGGACAUUAGAUACGAAUGAAUUAUCGUUGCUUGCUAGGAAUAGUCUUUGAAUUCUAAAUAUACCAUUGGAAAAUAUAAA